GUUGUUGUUGUUGUUGUUGUUGUUGUUGUUGAUGUUGUAGUAUUCUGGGGUAUAGCUUGUUGUUGCGCUUGCUGAUAGUAAGCUGAAUCAUAAUAGCUGUAAUAAUUAUUCGGAUCUUGGUGUUGAGUUUGAUAAUAUUGCUGGAUGUAUUGUUGGUAUUCUUCUUGUGUAUAAUUUGUACCAUAAGUAGUGUUAUAAUCCGUCACUGUAUAACCAUAAAAACUACUCCAUGCAGCAGAAGCAGCUGCCUGUUGUUGAGGGUCCAUUUGUUGGUAUUGCUGAUAAUAGCUGUUGUUUGCAUCGUUCGGUUGCUGCUGCUGAUAAUACGCCGCUGGUGCUGUAGGUAGUCGAUCUUGUUCCUCAUGAGCAGCAGAAGCCGUUUGUGUUGUUUCUGUUGCUGCAGCUGUGUGUUUACUAAGCACAUCGGCUUUUGGUCCAGUCGGUAUGGCAUCAUUGCUGUCAGUUUCACGCUCUGGUCGUCGGUAAUAACCCUGAUCGCGAUAAUCUCUUCUGCUAUUACUCAUAGUACUGCUAGUAUGAUGACCAUGACUACCCUUGUUGUCCAAUGUCAAGUCUCUUUCUCUACUCUUUGGUCGUCUCGAAGACACUUUGGACCAUCUAUCGCGGUAAUCCUCUGGACUUCUAUUGCGGUCCCGGCUUCUAUCACGGCUUCUCUCUCGACUUCUGUCUCGACUUCUAUCGCUAUAUCUACUACUGCUUUCUCUAUCAUACCGAUGUCUACUACUGCCACUGCUACUGCUGUGAUGAUCGUACCCGUAAUUCCUUCUUUUGUCUCGAUGACUGCUGCUGCUACUGUGAUGGUAAUAACGUUCAUCGUCCUUGCUGCUUGGUCGACUAUAGUGUUCGUCUCUGCUUCUUUUCUCCGCAUUAGAUAUUCCUCGUCUAUCGGGUUUCCGUUCUAUAGAUCUGCUAUCUCUCGAUCUUGUAUAGUUUCGAUCAUCCAUAAUUUGACAGGGAAAUCAAUAAAGUAAGUAAUUGAAGAAAAAUGGGGAAUAAUAAUUGUACAAUUGGAAAAAGAAGAGUUCAAUAUAUAAAUACGAAUAUGAAAAUGGUAUGCAAAAUAAGACAAAUUCUUUUUUUUUCUUUCUCUCUUUUUUUUUUGUUUUCUCCUGUUUAUAUGUUGGAAAAAGGGUUUGCUUAAUAUUGUAUAAUG